AUGGACUCUGAAGAUGACACAAAAGAUGAUGUGGAUUCGGGAAAUGAGUCUAGCGGAGAUGAUGUCGACUUUGCAAUGGACGUUGAGACACAUAGUACACGAGAACGACAAACAGAGCUUGAGGAAUAUCGAUACGAAGUGUUAUCUACGGAGGAAAUCGUUCAGCAUAUGGUUGACUGCAUCAAAGAAGUGAAUACUGUUGUCGAGAUCCCUGCAACAACAACCCGCAUAUUGCUAAACCAUUUUAAAUGGGAUAAGGAAAAGCUCAUGGAAAGAUUCUAUGAUGGUGACCAAGACCAGUUGUUCUCUGAGGCUAGAGUCAUUAAUCCAUUCAGGAAACCAGUCAUACAAAGGCCGAAGUUGCCCAGACGGAUAUCAACAUCGGGAACAGAAGAGUGUGAAAUAUGUUUUUCAAUUCUACCAACUUCUAUGAUGACGGGUCUGGAGUGCGGCCACAGAUUUUGCACACAAUGCUGGUGUGAAUAUUUAACUACAAAAAUAAUGGAGGAGGGUCUAGGCCAGACAAUAGCAUGUGCAGCGCACGCCUGCGACAUUCUGGUGGACGAUGCAACUGUCAUGCGGCUGGUGCGCGACCCGAGGGUCAAGCUCAAAUAUCAGCAUAUUAUCACUAAUAGUUUUGUUGAGUGCAAUCGCCUACUGCGCUGGUGCCCGUCUCCGGACUGCAGCAACGCCAUCAAGGUAGCGUACGUGGAGGCGGCGCCCGUCACGUGCCGCUGCGGACACACCUUCUGCUUCGCGUGCGGCGAGAACUGGCACGACCCCGUGCGCUGUUGUCUGCUUAGAAAGUGGAUUAAGAAAUGUGACGACGACUCUGAGACAUCGAACUGGAUAGCGGCAAAUACAAAGGAGUGUCCUAAAUGCAACGUGACUAUCGAGAAGGAUGGCGGUUGCAAUCACAUGGUCUGUAAGAACCAGAACUGCAAGGCGGACUUCUGCUGGGUUUGUCUCGGACCAUGGGAGCCACAUGGCAGCAGCUGGUAUAGUUGUAACAGAUAUGACGAAGACGAGGCAAAGGCGGCUCGUGACGCCCAGGAACGAUCGCGUGCCGCUCUCCAGCGCUACUUGUUCUAUUGCAACCGUUAUAUGAAUCACAUGCAGUCACUGCGCUUCGAGUCCAAACUCUACGCCUCUAUCAAGGAGAAGAUGGAAGAGAUGCAGCAGCACAACAUGAGCUGGAUCGAGGUGCAAUUCCUUAAAAAGGCAGUGGACAUUCUAUGCCAGUGCCGACAGACGUUGAUGUACACGUACGUGUUCGCAUACUACCUGCGCAAGAACAACCAGUCAGUGAUCUUUGAGGAUAACCAGCGCGACUUAGAGUCCGCCACCGAGACGCUCUCCGAGUACCUCGAGCGGGACAUCACUAGUGAGAACCUGGCCGACAUUAAACAGAAGGUCCAGGAUAAAUAUAGAUACUGUGACAGCCGGCGCAAGGUGCUGCUGGAGCACGUACACGAGGGCUACGAAAAGGACUGCUGGGACUAUACAGAGUAA